GUUUUGCCAGAAAUUAAUGAACGUUAUAGAAACUGGCACUAUUGGUAUAUUAGAGAGCCCAACAGGGACCGGGAAGUCUUUAAGUAUCGUGUGUGGUGUGUUGACUUGGCUUAGGCAGUACUAUGAGAGAAACGGGAUCGAGAAAGAAAAAGGGACGAAUGAAGAAACAGACGAGCCUGCUUGGGUUACAGAGUUUGAGGAUUCUUUGAAGAAGAAUCAGACGGAAAAGGCCGUUGAGCGUUUCGCUCGUAGAAGAUCUCUCAGACAGCAUAGAACAUUAUUAAACCGAGUUGAAAGAAGUAAGACUAUCCUGGAAACUUCAUCAAAUAAGAAACAUAAAAGAAGCCAUUCCGGAAACUUUCAAGACAAUAAACUGGUGGGAGCCGAUCCUGAUGAUGAGUGGCUGCUGUCAGAUACAGUCUUUAAGGACACAUCAAUAUUGUCAAGUGAAAAGGAGCAAUUGCUUACACUGGGUUCUGGAAAUGAAGAGAUGAGUGAAGAAGAAGAUGAAUGCAAGGAGCUUCCUCGUAUUUAUUAUUGUAGUAGAACGCAUUCUCAACUUUUACAGUUUCAAGAGGAAGUGAAAAGAACCAUAGCAAAUAUGCAGUGGAGUGAAAAGGUUCCUCGCCCUUCAGUUCUAAUUUUAUCUUCACGUAAGAACUUGUGUAUAAAUGAGAAAGUGUCAUCUCUUUCAAAUGCAAACCUUAUCAAUGAAAGAUGCAUGGAACUAACGAGUAAGGAACCUGGUUCUCCAGGAUGUUGUCCUUAUUAUCAUUUAGAAGGCCAGAGAAUUCUUAGAGACCAUUUGAGUUCAGAAAUUGUUGAUAUCGAAGAGUUAGUCAACCUAGGUAAAGAGCGGAGAGCAUGUCCCUACUAUGGAAUGAAACGCGCAAUCAAGUCAUCCCAAUUUAUUCUGUUGCCUUAUCAGUCUCUGCUGCAUAAGCCAACCCGAGAGUCUCUACGUCUUCCUUUACAUUCGAAUUGUAUAGUCAUAUUUGACGAAGCACAUCAUGUUGUAGACGCACUUAACGACAUGUACGGAGCUGAAACGAAUACUCAACAGAUACAAAGUUGCUUGUUUGGUUUGAAAAGGUAUAUUGAUUGUUAUGAGACUAGAUUGUCAUCCUUGAACUUGUUCAUGUUGAGACAAUUUCAUUCAUUCUUAGAGUCUUUAGUUCAGUUUUCUAGUCUACAUCUGAAAAUUCCUCCCAUUGAUGGAGAGACUCAAAAUGUUUUCACUGUUGAGGACUUUGUGACUCGUCUAGGAAUAGAUAAUCUUAAUAUUUUCAAAUUGAACGAAUUUCUGGAGUCAAAAUGUUUACAUCUUAAACUAAUAGGCUUAUUGAAGUCUAGGAUUUUGUCCGACUCCAAUGGAACUGACCCUUGUCAAGGUAUCCAUGCUGUAUUCCAUUUUGUACAGACUCUGAAACAGCCCUAUUCUAAGAGCAGAAUUAUUGUCAAGUUUCGAAAGGAUAUUGGAUGUACUUUCAAAAUGCUUGUUCUGCAUGCGGCUAAUAACUUGACAGAAAUCAUUUCUUUGGUUCGUUCCGUUGUGUUUGUAGGAGGAACUCUGGAGCCACUGCGAGAUAUAAAAUUACGCCUUUUGGGUACCUUUGAAGACUCUCAUAUUGUUCAUUGCUCUUUUGAUCAUGUCAUUCCUGAUAGUCACAUAUUGCCUAUCAUAGUAUCUCGAGGGCCUACAAGGGUACCAUUGGAAUUUACAUAUGCUACAAGAGAAUCAGAAAUUCUUAUUCAUGAACUGGGCAGAAUGCUAUUAAAUAUUUGCAGAGUUGUUCCUGGUGGCGUUGUAGUGUUCUUCUCAAGUUAUUCUUACUGUAGUUAUGCAUUGAACUAUCUUCAGCAAAAAGAUAUUUGGAAAUUACUAUUAAGACAAAAAGCCAUAUUCAAGGAGCCUCAAGAAAGCUUGGAGUUGAACAAUGUGCUGGAUAACUAUAAAAAGGCCGUUUAUGAGCAACAAGGUGGCAUACUUUUUGCAGUUAUUGGAGGCAAACUUUCAGAAGGAAUCAAUUUUCAGGAUGAUUUGGGUCGCUGUAUUAUUGUUGUUGGGAUGCCUUUUCCCAACCACUUAAGUAUAGAACUUCAAGAGUCCAUCAACUACAUAACUGGAAUGUUCCCUUCAGUAUCGAGCAAGGAAAUCUUGGAGGAUAUGUGUAUGAAGUUGGUCAAUCAAACUAUUGGAAGAACAAUUCGCCAUAUUUCGGACUAUGGCGCAGUUUUAUUGGUGGACCAAAGAUUUGCACGUCCUGCCAUUUCCAAUAAAUUGCCAAAAUGGCUUCGUAGACGAUUGGCGUUUCCCGAUGACUUUGGUUGGGUCCUAUCCUCAUUAGCAGAGUUCUUUCGCAAUUUUCGAAAAAGGGUAUAGAAUGAACCGUGUCUUUUUUAG